AUGCCAGCUAACGUUCACAACACUCCUCCCACGACCGCUGCGACUCUCGAGACGCUCGCGACUGCCGCGUCUGCUUCGCCGAGCUCGGAGGUGUCUGUUCCCGGUCAAAGGCUCAUCAAACAGAACCUCGGCACCGUCGCGACUUGGCUCUCUCCUCCCAUGAGUCCCCCGCGCGUUCCCAACUUCCAGAAUGCACAAGAGGCUGCAUACAGCCCGGUGGAGGAGCGCGACCCGACUGUCAUCAGCAGUCCUCCCGCCAAUGCCGCCCACGCCGAAACACCCCUCUUCCUCGAACCCAACGGCGAUCCCUUCGAGACGAGCCCCCUUCCCGUCUUCCAACCCAUCCGCGCUAAGCGCCCCGCCGAGUCCGCCAUCCGCUCCACCCUCUCCAACGAUCCUGAGUUCCAAGCCAACAAAAGGCAGCAUCUUAAUUCCCAACAUUACCACGUAUACCGCACAAACUUUGAUCACGUCGCUCGUGAUCCUGUUGGAACUUACACCCGUGAGAGAAUUAUUUUGGAUGCGUAUUUCGGACCGCGCGGGUCCGCCCAGGCGAGGCAUAAUGCUGCUGCCGCGAAUGCUGCGUAUAGUGCUAAGUAUACUCCGGGCCGUGUGCAGGCUAAUGCUCCGUUCAAUACGGCGGCGUAUGUUGCUCCCCCCGAGCCUGCGCCCAGGCCUCGCACCACCCAGCCGAAGCCCAAGCCGAAGCCCAAGAAGGCGAAGAAGGCGAAGGCUAAUGGUGAUGGUCCCACGCAUAAGCCGCGCCAGCCGCGUCGCAAGGAGAAGGAGGAGGGUGACCCCCUUGACACCCACGAGAUGAACUUGACCGAUCUCUUGGAUUACACUCCUGACCCGUUCACCACCCUAGACGGGCCCCAGCCCAAGGGUAUGCGCACGGACUGGAAGGGUCCCAACAUCGACCUCACUGGCGAUCCCUACGCCCACCUCCUCCACCCCUCCGAGAUCGCACUCGCUGCUACGCUCCGCUUGCGCUGCGCCACCUACCUGGACUGCAAAGUCCGUAUGUUUUUCGAGUUCCGUAAGUGCAAGACUGAGCUUAACAAAGAGUUCCGCAAGACGGACGCGCAGAAGGCUUUAAAGGUUGAUGUUAACAAGGCUAGUAAGCUUUGGGAUUGUUAUAAUAAGGUUGGGUGGUUUGAUGAGCAUUGGUUGCAGGUUGGGCCGAGGACGGAGAAUCCUUUGACGCAUAUUUUUGAGAAGGAGAAGGAAGCUGCCGCUGCUGAGGCGGGGGCUGAGGCUGACGCCGAGGGCGAUGCGACUGAGGAUGCGGAGGAGGAGGAGUGA